UCGCCUUUUAACCCGUAGAUCUUUGCGUUGGGAUAAACCAAACCGGCCACAAACCCCACUUACUUAGGUAGACUAAGUACUCGCAAAUGUUCGCUUUGCAUCGGCUACCAAUUUCCCCAAUCCCUCCACUCUGCGCCGACAGAAGGCGAAGCUCAUCAUUCUCGAAACGGCCCUAAAUGGCGUCCGCUGCAGACCCCUCGAUCCCACCUAAUAAUGGCGGUCAUCCGAAUAAUAACAGUAAUGGCCUCUAUUCGGAGAGUUCCAAGUCGCUGUCUCCUCAACCGCACCACCGUCGCGGAUACCAGGCAUGCGACCCUUGUCGUAAGCGCAAGGUCAAGUGCGAUCUAGGAAGUGUCGAUAACCCCCGUCCGCCCCCGUGUGUGCGAUGUCGACGCGAGAGCAAACGAUGCGAAUUCUCAGCAACAAGACGGAAGCGCAAGGCUUCAGAAGGCGGCAGUGAUGAGGUCGAUGGUCCGCUCCGCCGCGAUAAGCGGAUGAUGGUGGGGGAGUCAUACAAUGAUACGCCAGGCAAUGGCAAUGCAUCGCCCUAUACGCAGGCUGCUGGUUCGACCUCGUUCGAGAAUGGCAGAGCCUCGUCCAGACCGUCGUGGUCAGAAUCGUCUCCGUCCGCAACGACUCAGAUGGGGCGGCCAGCUCCCACGACGCAGUAUGCGACCAAUUCAUCCGCGCCUUCGCCGCAAUUCCAGGAUAUAAGGCUCCCGCGGCCCCCCGCAUAUCCUCUCAAUGGCAGAGGGCAGAGUUAUACGUUGGAGAGUGGGCAGCAUAUGAUGAACAGAACGGCGGCGGAACUCCUAUCACCGACUAUCAGCAACAGCCAUGAUGCCCUCCAUCUACUGUCGGAGGCCGCCGGCAGGACUGAAGAUCUAAACCGUCAGAGUCUGGAAAACAGAUAUGCUGCCAGACAGGCGGCGGCUGCUUCCUAUACAUCACCGGUUUCCCCUAUGGCCCAAACAGGUACCCCCCGGAGCGGUCCGCAGCCGUACUCGACGCUUCCGCGACCUGAGGCUCUGGGACGCUAUUACCGAGGACAAGCUUCGGGUCCUGCGGAGCCUCAUUUGGUCGAUAAUCGAGCACAGUCAGCCAAUUCAGUCGAUACGCAAGAUCCUGGUUAUCUUGAUGCGGUCAAAGCAUGGUCGCGUCUUCGAUUUGUGCGAGCAGGUUGGCUCACCGUUGAUGAAGCCAUGGCAUAUGUCGCAUAUUACUACGAACAUAUGGCCCCUCUGAGUCCAAUUGUAUUACCGGACUUCUCGCCACCCUCCACGCACCGAACGCUGCUCACGGAAGAGCCGGUGUUAGCUGUUACGAUUCUUACAGCAGCUUCCCGCCAUAUGAAACCGAAGGGCGAUGGUGCCUUCACUCGUGCCUUUUACAUCCAUGACCGGCUUUGGUCCUACCUGAGAGGCAUGAUCGAGCGGCUCUUCUGGGGUCAGGAGAAGUUUGGCGGAAACUCUGUUGGUUUUAGCAAACCAAGAUCAGUCGACCUUGGACCUCUUCCCGGCAAGGUCAAUUUGAAAGGACAUCUGAGAUCGCUGGGCACCGUCGAAGCUCUUCUCCUUUUGACUGACUGGCACCCGCGAAACCUGCAUUUCCCUCCUGGAGACGACGAGAACACGCUUCUGGACAUGGAUGCACACGUCUCACUGACACGCUCCGACAAGGACAUAGACAACGAUGCUGAUCAGACGUCAAAUAAGAACUCAAGUGGCGGUGCCGAAGGAAGACUCGCUUUUCAGAAGUGGUUGGAGCCUGCCUGGCGAUCCGACCGGAUGUCCUGGAUGUUGCUGAGCACGGCACAAGCUUUGGCAUUCGAGCUUGGAGUAUUCGACCAGAAGAAUAGCUCCAAUGCAAACGAGUCCCCAGCUGAACAGAUGCGAAAACGUCGUGUUCGUCGUCUGAUUCUUGUCUAUGUGACCCAGAGCAGCGGACGCCUUGGAAUCCCUUCGAUGCUGCCGCUACCCCAAUGGAGUCAUGACAUUGAACCGUCCCUUGGGGAUCCAAAAUCAGGGGACGUCCUGAUUGACAGGAUGCAAGACUGCUGGAUCAGAAUCUCGAAGGUCAUGUACAUGAGCAAUCAGUUGCUAUUUGCCUCUAAAGAGCAGACGUCCGAACUCAUCAGGAGUGGACGGUACCGUGAACAGAUCGAUGAGUUCCUCCCUUCAUUACGCGAGUUCCGCCGGAACCUGGACAGCAUUAAUUUGUGCCCUCAAAUGCGUCAUAUAUUGACGAUCGAAUAUGAGUAUACACGCUUGUACGUGAACUGUCUGGCCCUACAAGCCGUGGUCGAUCGAUGGACUACCAUGUCGAAUGAGGCAGCUUCAGCCCAGGCUCAAAGUGAAAGACCUGGCUCUGGUCCUUCGCCGUCGGGAACCGCAUCACUUCGAGUUCUCAUGGAGCUGUAUCGAGUCAAUGAACCCUAUAUUCAGGAGGUUGUGGAUGCUUCGCGGAAAAUCCUUCAGACCGUUCUUGAGGGUCUCGUGCCCGGCGAUCAUCUAAAACAUUGUCCUGUUCGGACAUAUUUUAGGAUCCUGUCUGGCAUGAUAUUCAUUCUCAAGACUUUCACACUGGGUGCCACGGAAGACGAUGUCCGUGUCUCAUUAGAGCUCCAGGACAAGACUGUCGAGGCUCUGCGGACCUGCGUUGUCGACGAUGUCCACCUGAGUCAUACGAUAGCCAGGUUGCUUGAAUUACUUACAACUAACAUUCGAACAAGAUUUCUUCGGUUUGCUCCAAUGGAUCGCUCCGGUGAAGGUGAAACCCAGGACCGCGGUUCGGCACCGGUGUCCACACCCCAGUCACCACGUCCUCGCGACAGCACGCAAGCUCGUAGGGAUGUCGCCGGUUCUCAAUGGCAAUCGUCUCAUAGUGGAGCACAAAAUCUAGGUUACUCCGUGGAUGGAAGCAAUAACGCUACCCCAACGGUCACCAACGGCCACGAUCCUUUGGCCAAUAUCCCGGCUCAGCCUAUCAAUUCUUCCAAUCUCAAUGUCUCUUUCAUGCCCCCUCCGCCGUCUGUGUAUUACAACUAUUAUGACCCCAACGCUACACCGCCAAGUGCUGGUUUGGAGGACUCUAAUCCACCAUCUCAGGCAAUCAACGAGGGUGCUACGUCCUCAGGAGCGCUUCCAGACUGGUUUGCUCUACCGCUGGACCAGUUCUUCAACAGCUCGACUGCCGGUGUUGACCAAGGUCUAGGUGGGACUGGACCUAUGGUUGGCGAGUUUGAUAUGCUCGAGGUUCUCCUCAACGAGCAGUAUGACAAGAGUGCCGAAGGUGUAGACACUGCAGGUGGAAAUGGACUCCCGUCCCAAUUCCUGUGAUGUCACACUGUCUCGGGACUGCGAGUUCUCGUGCAUCUCAUAGCAAUCGCGACGUCCGCUCUUGCCAGGGCGUCUUCCUGCAUCAUC